AUGGAUAAAGUACUGCGUCCUGAACGCCUAGAAACCGAUCCAAAUAGCAGCACGGCCCAGAAGGAAUGGCUCCAUUGGAAAAGGACCUUCGAGAAUUUCGUACAAGUUCUACCUCAGACGGGCCUGGACAAGUUGACCGUUUUAACUAACUUUGUUUCUCCAACACUCUUCCAACACAUCGAAGAUUGUACGGAAUACGAUGCAGCAAUUGAGGCGCUACAAGCCCUUUAUGUUAGACCACGGAAUGAGAUCUUCGCUCGCCAUCUACUUGCAACGAGACGCCAGCAACCAUCGGAAAGCUUAGAUGAGUACUUGCAAGCUCUGAAAACACUGAGUAAGGACUGUGAUUUUAAGAGUGUAACCGCAGCGCAGUACAGCGAAGAGAGCAUACGGGAUGCGUUUAUUACAGGUCUGCAAUCCAACACAAUCAGGCAACGAUUGUUGGAGAACAAAACACUUGAUCUAAAGACCAUGUUUGACCAGGCUCGAGCUCUGGAGUCAGCUAUGAGGAGUUCAGAAUCAUAUGGAGCACCACAGAUACCUAUAAAUGCAGCACUACCUUGUAACAGCACCUCAUUGUCAGCAGAACAGCCUGACGAGUCUACUGUAGCUACAAUGAAACCCGAUAAAGCUACUUGCUUUUUCUGUGGAAACAAGAAACACCCUCGACCGAAGUGUCCUGCCCUGGAGGCUAUUUGCAACAAGUGUCAAAAGAAAUGCCAUUUUGCUAAAUCUAGUAGAGCAAGCAAGUCUGACAGUCCAGCCCUCAUCUAG